AUGCGAGAUGGUCACUACCCGCAUUCAAAGCUCUCAAAUUUACGAUUCGGGAUGGAGAAAUACGAGCUCGUCAAGGAUAUAGGGUCUGGGAAUUUUGGGGUGGCGAGGCUCAUGCGUCAUAAGGACACCAAGGAGCUUGUUGCCAUGAAAUACAUUGAAAGGGGUCACAAGAUUGAUGAGAAUGUUGCGAGGGAAAUCAUAAACCAUAGAAGUCUUCGCCACCAGAAUAUUAUUCGGUUCAAGGAGGUGGUUUUGACUCCCACACAUCUGGGUAUUGUAAUGGAGUAUGCAGCUGGUGGAGAGCUGUUUGAGAGGAUUUGCAGUGCUGGAAGAUUCAGUGAAGAUGAGGCUCGAUAUUUCUUCCAGCAGCUCAUCUCAGGAGUUAGCUACUGUCAUUCCAUGUCAUCUCUGCUUCAUUCAAGGCCUAAGUCAACUGUGGGAACCCCAGCCUACAUUGCGCCUGACGUUCUUUCACGUAGAGAAUAUGAUGGAAAGUUAGCAGAUGUAUGGUCCUGUGGAGUGACUCUUUAUGUAAUGCUGGUGGGAGCAUACCCAUUUGAAGACCAAGAGGAUCCCAAAAAUUUUAGGAAAACCAUCAACAGAAUUAUGGCUGUUCAAUACAAGAUCCCAGACUAUGUUCACAUAUCUCAAGACUGCAGACAUCUGCUCUCUCGCAUUUUUGUGGCAAAUGCAGCUAGGAGAAUCACCAUUAAGGAAAUCAAGUCCCAUCCAUGGUUUUUAAAGAAUUUGCCUAGAGAAUUAACAGAAGCAGCACAAGCUGCUUACUACAGAAAAGAAAAUCCAACCUUUUCUCUUCAGAGUAUAGAAGACAUCAUGAAUAUUGUUGAGGAGGCCAAGGUUCCACAUCCAGCAUCCAGGUCAAUUGGAGGAUUUGGUUGGGGAGGAGAAGAAGACGAGGAUGAAACAAAAGAAGAUGCAGAGGCUGAGGCUGAGGCUGAGGCUGAUGAAGAUGAGUAUGUAAAGAGAGUCAAAGAGGCACAGGCAAGCGGGGAAUUUCAUCACAAUGGAAAAAAGUACAAAAUGCAAAAGCAGAUUAGUUUAACUGAACAUAAAUCUCGCGAUCAUUCAAGCUGUAAAUCAGCAGGCACGAUGAACAAUCCAAUGAAGGUAACUGAAUGA